CUCACCGUCCGCCCUUUCCUUCGGCCUUCCUUCCGCCACCACCAUCCAAUCCAUGUGCUUGUAAUGUCGACGCCGCGACGUAUUAUCGUGGAUGACGCCUCUCCAACCAUCCUCUACGGCGCUGGCUGGGCACCCGCCGAUGUCGGAACGCUCAACGGGCAGGGCAAUUUUGGGCCGGUGUAUAAGGGCACGACACACUCUACGACGACGGAUGGGAGCAGGUUCAGCUUUGCGUUCAAUGGCACGUCCAUUGGCGUCGUUGGCUCCAUCGCUGUGACCAAGCUGGCGGACGGAACGUUUGACCCUGCGUGGGAGUGCACCGUGGACGGCGCUCUCAUCCCUACCGGUGACGCCACCUUUCCCUACUUCGAAAACAACUGGGGGCUUUGUCAGCAAGACCGCCUCCCACCCGGGCAGCACACGCUGACGGUCACCGUCCAUACCAAGGGCCGCCCGUUCUACAUCGACAGCAUAACUUACAUGCCUGACGAAAAGGGGGCGGAUGUGGACGGAGCAGUGCUUGAGUAUCGGAAUACAGAUGCGAGCGUCAGUUUUGGGACGGGAUGGCAGGCAUGGAGCGGGCAGAAUGUGACCACGACGAAUGCGGCGCAAGUGGCGCUUAAUUUCCGAGGCACGGAGGUGGUCCUGAUGGGGUACAUUCCCACCGAGCUGGCCCACACUUCAACAACGGCCAGCUUCACCAUCGACGACUCACCGCCGCACACCUUCGUGCUCGCCGGUCUACCAGCGGGAAAUGGCACCGCCACGCAGUACAACGCGGUCAUACUAUCCGUUGUUGGCCUUGCCCCCGCCACGCACAACCUCGUCAUCACACACAAGGGGGACAAAGACCAUACCCCGCUCCCCGUGGGCUCGUUUCUCGUCACCAAUUCGGCCCUCCCGCCGGCCAGCAGUACGCCUACCACGAAUGCGACCCACCGAGCGAGCCCCGUUGGCGCGAUCGCGGGCGGAACCGCCGGUUGCGUUGUCGCCCUGCUGCUCAUUCUUCUGGGGGCCUGGUGCUGGCGCCGGAAACGCCGUGUCGCACAGGGAGAAAAGGCGGUGCCUGAGCCUCAGCCCGAGCCGUGGACCAUCAACGGAACAGGAACGCCCAGCGCCAGCGUCUUGGGCACUCUCGGGAGCGGCCCGAGCAUACCCGUUGCGCCGAGCCAGAUGUACCAUGCGCAGUUUACGCCGAAUCCGUUUGGCACGCCGCCUGCUUCUGCCGGGUAUGACUACGACUUCCGCUACCCCGGCUCGCAAUCGCUGCCCAGCGACAACGGGAGCGGGAGCGUGCCGUUGAGCCCGCAGCGGUCCCAGUCUCACUCUGCCAGCCCCUCGCUUGCGCUGUCGACCCCGUCGUCGGCCUCGGCGGGUAUUGCGGGGCUCGGGGCCGGACCGCUGCCCGGCAAGCUUGAGCCGCAGCGUGGGGCCCCACCAGUAGUGCAGCAGCAUCAGGAUAGCGGGGUGCGCUAUCGACAGCCUGAGGGACAAGGACAGGCGAUAGAGGAGCUGCCGCCUGGGUAUAGUCCUGACUGA